CAAGGAGUAACCGAACCUGGGACAUAUUUGUAAACUGCUAUGACAUCUAGGCCCAAAUUAGCCCUUGUAUGACUCUCCGUUUCAAGUUGACAAAAACCCUAGUUCUCUUCUAUUUCUCUCCGCGCUUCUUUCUGCCGCUGUUUCUGCUCUUAGCUUGCUUUUGUAACUAUGGUGAGAGUUAGUGUUUUGAAUGAUGCACUAAAGAGCAUGUAUAAUGCCGAGAAGAGAGGGAAACGACAGGUCAUGAUCAGACCAUCUUCAAAAGUGAUUAUCAAGUUUCUUUUGGUCAUGCAGAAACAUGGUUACAUUGGAGAGUUUGAGUAUGUUGAUGAUCACAGAGCUGGAAAAAUUGUGGUUGAAUUGAAUGGUAGACUGAACAAAUGUGGGGUUAUCAGUCCUCGAUUUGAUGUUGGGGUCAAAGAGAUUGAAGGCUGGACUGCAAGGCUACUUCCUUCAAGACAGUUUGGGUAUAUUGUGCUGACAACAUCUGCUGGAAUCAUGGAUCAUGAAGAAGCUAGGAGAAAGAAUGUCGGUGGCAAAGUACUUGGUUUCUUUUAUUAAAGCAAAGAGUUAUGAGGAAACAUUCGGUAUUUUGCCUUACUACUGAGUAGUUUUUUGUUUUUAUGUGUUGAAAAUCAUGCUUUUUCAUAUUUUGGAUGAUUUUAUGUUAUACCUUUUGUUGUGCUUAAAUGCAAUUUUGAGACUGCA